AUGAACAGUCUCCUGGUAAGCGUCUUCCAAAUUCUUCCACUUGCUCCAACUUCUUCUUCUCCAGAUCCUCCUCUCGCUUCUCUGCGUCGUCGGCGUCGUCGUCUCCGCCGAGCACCGUCUCCUCGUGUCGUGCAAAGACGACUCCGAGUGCUUGUCUCCACUAACGUGCCGCGAAGGCAGAUGCGUUUUCACGCGCCCCAAACAGCCGAGAACGUUCUACGCGCGCGUCGGACACGCAUCGGAGCGUCCAAGUUUCGGGAAGGCGUGCAGCACGGGCGCCGAUUGCGACAGCGUCAGCCAGUGCGUCGACGGAGAGUGCGAGGUGAUGAACGGAUCGGGCGGCGCGUGCUCCUCCGACGCCUUCUGCCCCGACGGCUACAUUUGUGUGAGCGGCAAGUGCAAGAAGUUCGACAAGAGACGUUUCUCUGAUUUCUACGGCCCCCUGUGA